AUGCCUGGCGUCAACUCGAUCAAGCUACUGACCGGAAACAGUCACCCUGAGCUCGCUCAGCAGGUGGCCGAUCGUCUUGGCAUUCCGCUCACACCUUGCGUCUGUAAGAAGUUUGCAGAUCAAUCUAUCGAUGUCCGCAUCGGCAGCUCGGUUCGAGAUGAAGACGUCUACGUCCUCCAGACGGGCAACUCGCCCUACACCGACCCCAACGAUUCGUUGAUGGAGCUCCUCAUCCUUCUUUCUGCCUGCAAGACUGCUUCAGCUCGUCGUAUUACUGCCGUCAUCCCUUCGUUUCCCUACUCGCGUCAUGACAAAAAGGACAAGAGCCGUGCUCCUAUCACUGCCAAGCUCGUAGCCAACAUGCUCACCGUCGCUGGUGCCGACCACGUCAUCACGAUGGACCUCCACGCCAGUCAGAUUCAGGGCUUCUUCGACAUCCCCGUCGAUAACCUCACCAGUGAGCCCAGCGUAGCUCGAUGGAUUCGUUCCAAAGUGGAAAACUGGAGGGAGGCGAUUAUUGUCAGUCCCGAUGCUGGUGGUGCCAAGCGGGCUACUGCACUCGCCGACUCAUUGGGCGUCGACUUUGCUCUGAUCAACCGCAAUCGUCGUCGUGAACAGCACAAACGUAUCCGCGCUGCACAAAAGACCGCGCUGGGCCUCUCGAGUCGCUCUUCAUUCGACGACCUUCGCUCCGGCGUCAGCACGCCCAUGUCGAGCUCGUACCUUCUCGAUGGCACUGGCCUCAACUCUAAGGCGACUGUCGGACAGGCCACCGACAAACUCAACGCUCUCAGCGUCUCAGCUGAAUCGCAAUCCUUUACCUCGACACAGCAGUCGAUAGGCUCGAAACACGUCUACAGCGAAGUCGCCAAUGGCAUCAAGUGCGACGAGACAGGCGAGUGGAUUAUGACUGAUGAGCAGGGACACCUCGUGCGCAGUGGACGAUCCAAACGCGACAUUCCCGGAGAAUCGGGUACUUCGGCAGAAGACGAUUCGGAAGACGAAAACUCGUCGCGCAUGGAGAUUCUUGUUGGUGAUGUUAAGGGCAAAGUGGCCAUUUUGGUCGACGACAUGGUGGACACAGGUCGAACGCUUGCGCUCGCCGCCAAAACAUUGGAAGCUGCUGGAGCCGCUAAAGUGUACGCCAUCAUUACGCAUGGUCUGCUGAGCGGACAGUCGAUCGAUCUGCUGCGCAAACUCAGCUUGGAACGUCUCGUUGUGACAAAUACGAUCGCCAACACGGAAAAGGCAAAAGCGAGCGAGGGCAAGCUCGAAAUCAUGGAUGUUUCUGCAGUUAUUGGUGAGACGAUCCGAAGAUCGCAUCAUGGCGAAUCCAUCUCUCAACUCUUCCGACAGGAUGCCGAGAUCAUGUUCUGA